AUGGAGAAGGGAUUGAGACAAGGGGAGGCAAUCAGAAAUAGACGUAUUUCGCCUUUGUUGUUUGGCAAGAAUAAUAUAGAAUUGUCACGUCUCCAAUUUGCUGAUGACACUAUAUUGUUCUGUCCACCGGAGGAGGAGACCAUCAGAAACUAUGCCAGGUUGCUAAAGUAUUUUGAGGUGACGUCGGGGUUACAUAUCAACUUCGAUAAGUCUAUUUUGAUCCCAAUCAAUUGCGAACAGUCGUGGACUUGCAACAUGUGCAACUUAUUGGGAUGUAACGAGGCUAACCUUCUAGUCAGAUAUCUGGGCAUUUCUCUAAGAGCGAACCCAAGGCAGGUCAAUACUUGGAAGCCGAUUAUUGAUAAAGUUGAGGAGAAGAUUAGCUUUUGGAAGGAAAAAGUGCUCAAUAAAGUGGAUAAGUUAGUCCUUAUUAAAUUUGUGUUGAAUAGCUUGUUGGUGUACUACUUGAUCCUAUAUAAGAUGCCGAGGACAGUGGUAGAAAAUUUGAUUUUCUUGCAGAGAAAAUUCCUAUGGAGUAAGGAGGAAGGAAGGAAUGGGCUGGCAAUGGUUAAGUGGAAAGUGGUUCAGGCUCUUAAAAAGUUGGCUCAGACAUUGCCUAGUAGAGGGGGUCUAUGGAAGGAUAUCUAUCAGCUCUAG